CAAGCGACAACGGGUGGGUGGCCAGGGCUAGCGUCGCCGCGAAGCAAAGAAGCCGGCGAGCAUCGACGCCGCGACCGCCACCCCCGUGAUCUUGACCGCGCGGCGCACCGAGUCGCGCUGGUGUUCGUCAGAAUAAAUAGCUUGAGCUAGCGCGAAACCGCCAACAAAACCAGCCGCGCCGCCGACGACGGUCCCCGUGCUGAACGCGCGGAACCACGCCUUCGUCGAGAGGCCCUUGUGAAUAAUCACGCCGCCGUUGGGAGCUACUCGUACGUCGCCUUUCAUCUUUUAUUCUGCGCUUGCGCUGGCUGCUGUGCAGCAGGGUUCAGGGGUGAGGGGCCUAGGGCCACUUGUGUGCCCGCAACGACAGCGCGCGCAGUUGAGUUGGCGUUGAACUGGUCCGAGACGAGCCACAACGAGCCGUGAGCUGUUGGUACGCGGCCGUAGGGCGAGCAAUAAAACGAAUCGAGCUAGCGCGUGUAAGGCACUAGCAAGAGGCAACAAGCUGGAUGAAAAAAAAGCUCAUCCGGCUUAAACAAGGACACACCGGCGCUUGUGUUCUCUUCCCGCGGACGCCACAGCAUCCCUGCGACCGCCACAGUCAUCACAGAGCCGCCGCGCACUCCAAACCACUAGUGCACUUGCACAGCUGAUGAGUGGACUUCCGCCGCCGCCGUCGCUAGGCCGGGCGCAGUCCCUCCCUGGUCAGAUGCCGCCGCCGACGCCGCGGCGAAGGAUGCGCCGAGGCGUGGUCGAGAAGGACGACCUGGACCUGGUCUUCGGACGGUUCGAGCGCCUGGAAGGCGGAUUGAUGGGCUUCUCCGACUUUGGCCGAUUAGUAGCGGACCUCAAACUCGGUUUGAGGGAGGGCGAGGUCAAGCACCUGUUCCUCCAUUUAGCCGAGGACGCGUCGAUCAAUUCGACGGCGUUGCAGAUCUGCGAGGACGACGCCUGCCGCCGAUUGACGAAAGCGAAGACGUGGGCGCCCGGGCUGCAAAGGCAAAAAACGGAGGACGCGCGGAUAAACGUGGAGCAGUUCCUCGCGGGCAUUAGGCGGCACCGCUUUUUGAGGAGGAUCGUCUCACAUUACGCGUUUCCCGACCUAGAUUCGUGGAGCAUACCCGUCGACUACGACUGGAAGCGGAGCACGCAGGAUAAUUAUGGAGUAUCACUAUCAGAAGGUUUCGUCGGGGCACUAGCUCAUUUACGGGAGCACCUGGACGCGAACUGGCACGGGAACUACAACGCCGCGAGACAACGGUGGCAGGACGCCGCGGUGCAUCGAGUUGUCGCUACUGAUGAUGAUAGGGCGGGCCCGACGAAAAAGCCGUGGCUCGUGUACACGUGCGGGCCCAUGGGCGCGGGCAAGGGCUGGGUCAUGAACUGGAUGUCGCAGCGCGACAUCCUACCACUUAGAAGGGUCGUGCACGUCGACCCCGAUAGAUUUAAGCGUUUGAUGCCGGAAUGGCCGUCGUAUAUGAGUCGGGACCCGAAGUGUGCGGGGACGUUGUGUCACCGGGAGUCUGGUACAUUAGCAGAGUUAGCGCAAGCCCUGGCCAUGGACCAGCGCUGCCACGUCUGGGUCGACGGUAGUCUGAGAGAUUUUGACUGGUACGCGCCGAAGAUCGCGUCGCUGCGGAAGCAGUUCCCGCACUACCGCAUCGCUCUCUUCUACAUCCACGCCUCCGAGGCGACGGUGCGGCGGCGCGUCGAGACGCGCGCGGCACGCGGCGGCGGCGGCGAAGAAUCCCGGUAUAUUCCGGAGGACGUCCUCGCCGCGUCGCUGGCGGCGCCGGCAUUAACGUUGCGCGCCUUGACGCCGCACGUCGACUUCGUCGCGCGCAUCACCAAUGAAUCGAAUGAUGAUCCGGAGCUCGAGGCGCUGGAGGCCGUGGACUCGUCGGGCGACUGGGGGGCCAUUUCUCGGAGAUUUGGUGGGUCUUAUACAUCUUCCUUGACGGCGGCGGCGUCGGCGCUGUCGCUGGCUUCCAGUGUGGAUGAUGAUCCGGAGGCGACGCCUCCUAGACAACGGCCGGCUUCUCCACGUGCGGAGAUCUCUGCUUUGAAACUGCAGGCCGAGAAUGAUAGAAGGACCAUCGACGGCCUCCGGGCGUCCCUCAAGGCCGCCGAGGAGAAGCUCGCCGAGGCGCUGAAGGCGAAGAACGGGCGGUAGGUUGUGUUUGUUCAUAAGUUUCGUUACUUGGA